AUGGCUUAUGCGCAAUAUUUCUUUGCUAAUUUUAAUAACAGCGAGGCUGUCAUAGGUACAUGUAACUCUAUGUGUCCUGAGGAAGAAACAAAGUUAAGAGAAAAAGAGCGGCUUAUUCAUGUGUUAGAAACGGAGAAUGGAGUUAAGAAAUUGGUGAAAGCGUAUUGCCGAUCGGCCGCAGAUAGAACGAUGGCAGUUCCACGAUUACUACGGCCUUACUCGGUCUUAAAAGACACUGUGGAUUACCUAUUGCUAGAAGUAGCAAAGCGUACAGAUGUACCGACUAGCAUUGUAUAUGACUUCAUAGAUGACCGACUGCGGGCAGUGAGACAGGACAUCACAAUACAGAGGCUGCCAUCGGAGCAAUGCUGCAACCUCCUAGAGCCCAUGAUUCGGUUCUAUGUCUACUAUGGAUACAUAUUGUGUAAAUUACCCAUUAAAGAUUUUGAUCCGGUUCUCAAUAAGAAACAU